CUCUGGUUGAUCUCUCUCGAGUCUGUAGAGAAGUGGAACAAUGGCGUUGAGAGUGACAUCGCUAAAACGCGCCGCCGUUGAGUCAUGCCGCAUAUUCCAAACCCGAAGUUUGAGCCACGCCGCGUCAAUGCCACCGCCUUUGAACAGCGCCGUCGAUCUACCAUUCGCUAUUCCGCCGCCGAUCUCACCCGAGUUCGAUCAGAAUCAACCGGGUUCGAUCGAGGAGAAGAGAUUCGGUUUUAGGGUGCCUGAUUUUGGAUUGAGUGGAUCCAUGGAGCUAAUGGCUGUUCCCAAGAAGAAGGUUUCUAAACACAAGAGAGGGAUACGAAAUGGGCCCAAGGCUCUUAAGCCUGUUCCUGUCAUCAUCCGUUGCAGGAGUUGCGGGAGAGUUAAGCUGCCACAUUUCUUUUGUUGCAGCGGUGAGCGAGGAAACCCUAGUGAGCAAGGCAAUUAGAUCAACUAUUCCAAGAUUUCCUUUUAUGAUUUGUCACUUGUUGGAUGUUUAGAGGAAAAAUAUAUCUUGGCUUUCUUAGUCGAGUGAUACUAUACACUUGGUUGGUUGUGUCGAAUUAUUUGGGCUUUUUCUUGCAAAAUCAUGUUAUUCUCA